UCCUGUUCGCUUUCUUUUGAAUCGACUUAAUUUCUAGAGGUUUCUUCUAUCAUAUUUUUGAUGAUGCAGGAAAAGUCUGAGGCUGUUGAUGUGAAAGAGGAAGUAGAGUUUCAGCUGGUUGAUGAAAAUAAAGUGGAUUGGAAAGGAAGACGAGCUCUUAAAUUCAAAUAUGGCGGGAUUACUGCUUCUUUGUUCAUACUAGCUAUGCUUAAAUUCGAGACAUUGGGAACAUUUUCUCUAGUUGUGAACUCAGUGCCAUACUUCAAUGGAAUAAUGCAUUAUAGUGUACCGGAUGCAGCUAACAUGCUGACCAACUUCAUGGGUACUAGUUACAUACUCGCCAUUCCUGUGGCUAUCGUUGCUGACACAUGGAUUGGCAGAUAUACAACUGUUUUAUUUGCUGCCUUCUUUGAGUUUCUAGGACUUGUUUUGCUUACAGCACAAGCACACUAUCCAAGCCUUAAGCCACCCUUUUGCCCCAACGUUUAUGCUGGCUGUGAAAAACCAAAUGGUGGCCAAGAAGCUUUACUCUACAUUGGCCUAUACUUGUUGGCAUUUGGCAGUGCUGGAGUGAAAGCAGCACUACCAUCACACGGUGCAGAUCAGUUUGAUGAAACGGACCCUCAGGAAUCAACCCAAAUGUCCACCUUCUUCAACACUCUCUUGCUUGCUAUUUGCUUGGGUGGUGCAAUCAGCUUAACCUUCAUUGUGUGGAUACAAACCAACAAGGGAUGGGAUUGGGGCUUUGGUAUUGGUGCCAUUGCUAUAAUUUUGGGUAUCUUGGUCUUUGCAGCUGGAUUCCCACUAUACAGAUUUCGUGUUCGUCAACAAACUAAUGCUUUCAUUGAGAUCAUACAGGUCUACGUUGCUGCAAUCCACAAUAGAAAUCUUCCUCUUCCUGAAGAUCCAACAGAACUAUACGAGAUUGAACAGGAUAAGGAAGCUGCUGAGGAAAUAGAGUUUCUACCUCAUAAAGACAUUCUCAGGUUCUUAGACAGAGCAGCAAUCCAAAUAAAUCAUGGUGUGCAAUCUGAUCAAUCACCAAACCCAUGGAAACUUUGCAGGGUUACCCAAGUAGAAAAUGCCAAAAUUGUUCUUGGCAUGACCCCAAUAUUCUGUUGCACAAUUAUAAUGACCCUUUGCCUAGCUCAGCUCCAAACCUUUUCAAUCGCACAAGGCUACACCAUGGACAACACUUUCACCAAGCAUUUUAAGAUCCCACCCGCAUCCCUCCCAAUCAUACCAAUUAUGUUCCUAAUCAUCAUUGUCCCCAUCUAUGAUCGCAUUUUUGUACCAGUUAUGCGCAAAAUCACUGGCAUUCCCACAGGCGUCACACACUUGCAACGCAUAGGAGUUGGUCUAGUACUCUCUUGCAUAUCCAUGGCUGUGGCUUCAAUUAUAGAGGUGAAAAGGAAGAGAGUGGCCAGAGACAACAACAUGCUUGAUAAUGUGCCAAUAGUUAUGCCACCAUUGCCCAUAAGCACAUUUUGGCUCUCUUUUCAGUACUUUAUAUUUGGCAUAGCUGACAUGUUUACCUAUGUGGGGCUUCUUCAGUUUUUCUAUUCAGAGGCACCAAAGGGGCUUAAAUCUACUGCAACAUGCUUCCUUUGGAGCUCAAUGGCACUUGGGUAUUUUGCUAGUACCAUAGUGGUAAAAAGUGUGAAUGGAGCCACCAAGCAUAACACUAGAAGUGGGGGCUGGUUAGCAGGGAACAAUAUUAACAGAAACCAUCUAAAUUUGUUCUACUUGUUCCUUUCCAUAGUGAGCUUGAUCAACUUCUUUAUCUACUUGUUAGUUUCAAUGAGGUACAAGUACAGGUCUCAAAGCCUUAAUCCAGUCCCUGAUGGCAAAUCAAAGAAGUAAAUAUGGGGAAGAAAAAAGAGGCAAUGGCUCUAUUGCGGGUUUGUUUGACAAAACAGAGAACUAUGGUCAUUUCUUUUCUUCAUAAUUUGGAUUGCAUAGUCUCAGACUUUCAUUAUGUGUAAAUUAUGUUCCCCAUGCCUCUAGGCAUAACUGAUUUUCAUUUUGCUUUUCUUUUUAGACUCA